CACUGGUGCUCAUAUGGUAAUCGAAAUAAAUGAAACUGAAUUGGCCGUCUUCUUAUUGCUAUUCUGGUAUAAGGUGGUUCAUCCUUCAUACAAUUCCCAUCUUUACGGUCGCUGCAGCCAAAGUGAUUCAUAAUGUGUUUAAUCUACGAAAACGAACGCUUUCACUAGACGUCUCACUUUUCAUAGCUGCAAUUCUCCUGAAAAUGUUUCGAACUGGUGUUAUUUGGUGGUUAAAUGGUUGCAAUAAAAUGGGCCAUACGGAGCUUAAUCGUGUUUCUUUCAAACCAAAGAAAUAGCAAUUUCAAAGCUAAAAAUCCAUACUUCUGAAGGUGUUACUUAAAAC